ACAAAUGCCAAACUGUUCGCUUUCGGUUCUUUGAAACAUUUAAAAGUUUUGUUUAUACAUCUUAUUCUCAUAUUAAUAACGAUGUAACUGAAGCUGCAGCAAUUAGUUUCACAAUUUACUGAAAAACUAAGUAAAUCUCAAAAUGAACAGUGCCACACCUAACUGGAAUCAGAGACAAUUCGGUUGUAUUGGAUAAUUGGAAUGAUACUAAGUCUGUAUUGUUUAACCUCAAAUCACCUUUGAUCAAGUGGAACUAUGAUCACUGCUGUUUCAGUUGUGACCAUCCUGUGUAUUCAUCCACCCUUUUCAAGACUGUACUAUGCCACUAAAGUUGCUAGCACUGCAGCCAAACGGACCAAGGAACUUAGUUUAACUGUCAAUGAAUCUGUUAUCAAACCUACACGAGAUAAGGUAUCAGACGCAAAACUUUUUCAGGAGAUGUCGUCGACUGUGACCAACUUAACGGAAAAAGUGAAAGAGGGCACACUGCUGAAUGACGUCGGCUCCUCCAUGAGCGGUUUUGCUUUCAAGUUGUCUUCAGCUAGCGCUAAAGGCUGGCAGGGUUUGUCUUCAUCACUUUGGGGUGGAGAACCAAAAACUACUCUUGCUACUGCUGACACCAGCCCCGGAGAAAAAACGUCGCUCCUGGGUGGAGGAAAUGGAUCACCAACAAAGGGAAAGGAUCCCAGCAAGAACCGGUUGUUGUCAGAUGAUGAAGAUUCUUGGGGAAGCUGGGGCGCUGGAGACUGGCAUCCCGGAGAAAGCAAUGUUAGCAGCAAUAGUGGCAGCACAAAGGCCCAAAGCCCUCUAACAGACAUUUCACAAGACAACCCUGCAGUUAAUGCUGCUGCAAAAAAGAAUGAGAUGAACGAGCUGGAGAAAUGGCUGAACGCUGGGCAGCUGGAUAAUGACAGCCCGAAAACAGGGGCCAGUAAAACGCCGUCCAAGAAGUCAGAUUUUAUUUCCGAUUGGGACGAUUGGCAAAUGGGUGGCACAAAGGGCUCCACCUCACCUGCUUCGUCGACCAAGUCAGCUUCCACUCUAGAAAGCCCAGCUUUGAGUAGCAAGAAAAAGACAACCCCGUUGACAAAACCACAGCAAAAUAAGAUCCCCAAAAACCCCACUGCUUCUGCUGCUGCAGUCCCGGGCUGUUACGAAGCCUCCGACUGGAAUAAUGACUUCAGUGUCAAACAGAAUGAACCACUCGUUGGUAAUCUGGUGGACCUUGGUUCCGAUACGAGCACAGCUCAGGACAAUUUUGGCUGGGACAAUGAGGUGUGGGCUCAGGAUAGUGAUGAUGAAUGGCAGUCUCUUGAGGCCAAUAGUACUCCAAGUCGAUCAAGAAUUAAGUGAACGGAACGGUUAAUAGUUAACUCGUAAUGUGAAUGACAUGGGGAAGAAAGAUUUAAGUUUCCUGUU